CGUAUGAAUUAUCUUGUGCUUUGGCCGCUUUAGUUUCGUUGCAUGAAGGUUCUGGGCUAUUAGAAUGUGAAACUAAAGAGUCACAAACAAUACGGCAUGUGGAUAGUAAAUUAGCAAAAA